AUGUCGAUAGACGAAUCCAGAUUACAGGAUCCACUCCUGGAGCGAGACAGCACAUCGCCCGAAGCUGACGCCGGACUUUCACCGUCGAAAAAAAGAAAACGUGCGAGGGAUGGCGAGGUCGAAGUCGAAGUCGCAAGCAAGAAGGAAUUGAAAAAGGCCAAAAAGAGGAAGGCAGCCAAAAUGGAAGAAGAGGAUUUGGAUCUUGAGGCCGGCUUAAAUAAGGCAUUUUCACACAUGGAUAGCCAACUGUUGGCCGACUAUAUCGCCCAGAAGACCAGAAAAUACCAGACCGACUUGAGCUCAAUAGAGUUAGAAGACAAGUAUAUCAAUGCAAAUGCAAUCCACGAGACCACGUCAUGGAACAAACUACGGACCCUAGACAAUUUACCCGGUUUCUUAGAGAAGUUCGCUGGAAAUUCAACAAAGCUCUGGUCGGCGUCGAAGAAGAAUGGCGCACCUCAUACAAUUAUAGUCACAGCAGCUGGAUUGAGAGCCGCGGAUAUUGCAAGAGCUGUACGGAAAUUCCAAACGAAGGACGCAGCGGUGGCCAAGCUAUUUGCGAAACAUAUCAAGCUUCAAGACUCGAUCAAAUUUCUCAAGUCCACGAGGACUGGUAUUGCAGUGGGGACACCAACACGUUUGAAAGAUUUGAUGGAUGAAGGCGCAUUGGCAGUUGAUAGGUUAGAGAGGAUCGUUAUUGAUGCUUCUCACAUAGAUAUAAAGAAGCGAGGGGUUUUAGACAUGAAGGAGACCCAAGUACCCCUGAUAGCUUGGCUUGGGCAAUCAGAGUUCAAGGAGAGAUAUACUGCCGCCGAGAAAGGCCUCCAGCUUCUAUUUUAUUAG